AUGAAGCUACAGCUCCCAAACCGGCACCUGGAGGACAGGAUCCCAUCCCACCAGGAACUGGAGAGGCUGGAAAAAGAGGAGGCUGGGGAUAGACCCAAGUGGGACAACAAGGCCCAGUACAUGCUGACAUGCGUUGGAUUUUGCGUGGGGCUCGGAAAUGUCUGGCGUUUCCCCUAUCUGUGUCAGAGUCACGGAGGAGGAGCCUUCAUGAUCCCCUUUCUGAUCCUGCUCGUUUUUGAAGGAAUUCCACUUCUCUAUCUGGAGUUUGCUAUGGGUCAGCGUCUCAGAAGAGGCGCUUUGGGAGUCUGGGCUUCAGUUCAUCCUUAUCUGACAGGCGUUGGUAUCGCAUCCAUGUGCGUGUCACUGACCGUCAGUCUCUACUACAACACCAUCAUUGCGUGGAUUUUGUGGUACUUCUUCAACUCAUUCCAAAACCCUCUGCCUUGGAGCCAGUGUCCCUUCAAUGCCAACUCGACAGAGUUUGAGGCAGAAUGUAAGAGGAGCUCCUCGGUGGACUACUUCUGGUACCGGCAGACGCUGAACACGACCCCAGACAUCCAGGAUGACGGCGGACUGCAGUGGUGGAUCUUGUUGUGUCACAUUUGUGCGUGGGCCGUGUUGUACGUCUGCUAUAUUCGGGGCAUUGAGACCAGCGGAAAGGCCGUGUAUGUGACUUCAACCCUCCCCUACGUGGUGCUGACCAUUUUCCUGAUCAGAGGAUUGACCCUGAAGGGUUCAAUCAAUGGCCUGAAGUUUCUCUUCACUCCAGACUUAGCUGAGCUGGCCAAUCCAUCAACAUGGCUGGAUGCAGGAGCUCAGGUCUUCUACUCCUUCUCUCUGGCUUUCGGUGGGCUCAUCUCUUUUUCCAGCUACAACUCAGUACAUAACAACUGUGAACAGGAUGCAGUGAUUAUUUCCAUCAUCAAUGGCAUCACGUCUGUCUUCGCUGCCACAGUCAUCUACACCAUCAUAGGCUUCAGAGCCACGGACAGAUAUGACACCUGUCUCGCGGGAAACAUCUUGGCAUUAUUGAAUGCUUUUGAGCUUCCUGAGGGAAACAUCACAGAGAGCAACUAUGAUGAGGCUUUACAGAACCUUAAUGAAACCUACCCUGAAGUUAUUGAAGGGCUGAAACUAGGAACCUGCGACCUGAACAACUUCCUCAGCGAGGGAGUUGAAGGAACCGGUCUGGCAUUCAUCGUGUUCACAGAGGCCAUCAUCAAGAUGCCCAUCUCCCCUUUGUGGGCUGUCCUGUUCUUCAUAAUGCUCUUCUGCCUUGGCCUGUCCUCCAUGUUCGGCAACAUCGAGGGAGUUUUAGUACCACUGCUGGACCUCAAGGUUUUCCCCAAGCACUGGCCAAAAGAAGCCCUCACUGGUGUGAUUUGCGUGGCCUGCUGUCUGGUGGGGUUGAUAUUCGUGCAGGGCUCAGGUAACUACUGGCUCUCCCUCUUUGACACCUAUGGAGGAUCCAUCCCUCUGCUGGUCAUUGCGUUCUGUGAGAUGGUCUCCGUUGUGUACAUAUACGGAAUAGACAGGUUCAAUGAGGACAUCAAAUUCAUGAUUGGCCACAAGCCCAACCUCUUCUGGCAGAUAACAUGGAGGGUGAUCAGCCCUCUCAUCAUGUUGUUCAUCUUUGUGUUCUACCUCAUCACAAAAGUGACCGAAAAGCUGCUUUACAAAACCUGGGACCUGGAAUCGGCCAAUUUCCCUGUAUUAGAAGAGAAGUCGUAUCCCGCCUGGGUUUCUGUGAUCAUCUUCAUAUUGGCGGGGGUACCCAGUAUCGCUGUGCCUGCAAUUGCUCUUUAUAAAUGUAUAAGGUCAAAGAUGUGUAAAAAGUCACGCCUCGAGGAGCAUCCGGAUGUCUCCGUCAAGUCUGCGUCUUAAGAUCCUCUUCACUGACCCGCGGGGAAGGUUUGUCCUUUGCACACCAUUAUGACUUACCGGAUGCCGUACUGUCUCCAGGAAUGUGUGAUGUGGUUGAAAUAAAGGUUAAACCCUACUCUUUCAUAAAAUAUAUAACUUUAUGUAUAUAUAAAAUCAUGAAUAUAAAUAGGUAAUUAUAUAUGUAUAUUUCAUAAAUAUAUUGUUUUUUAUUUAAGACAACCUUCUUCCUUUGCACCAGAUGUACAUAUUGGGCGGUGUUCAGUUUUUGAAGGCGUCUUAUCUCCGUAUCCAUCCAUCCAACGUCAGCCUCCUUAUGUCUAUGUAGAUUCAUAUCAGUCAUCAAUCAUCAUCUUAUAAAGCCAAUUACAUUGAUUUUUUUUUAUGCACAAAUGUGCAAUAUGAAUAUAGUUUGACUAAUAUUUAAGCUCAGGGCUGACUGCAGGAUUUGUGUAGAGCGUCUUGUGUUUUUGUUUUUUUUUCUCCAUGUACAUUUAGAAACAACAUGACUGGCUUGUACAGGGUUCAAAGGUCAAAGAUAUAGUCAGGAACCAGACCAUGAAAUGCCUUAAAAGUAAUGAGCAAAAUCUUAAAAUCGACUACAAUGUACAAGCAACCAUGAAGAGAAGCUAAACCGUGAUCCCGUCUUGGUUCUCAUUUAAAGUGUAUUGUUAGCGUAGCGCAACUACACCAGAGUGUAAGGACAGUUCACUUCAUUGUUUAUAGUAACAUUUAUGUUUAGCAUUACACUUGAGAUCAAGCAUUGUCAUCCAUGACGUUCAGUUCAACAUUGAUAUUCUAAUAAAAAACGUUCAAA